UAUAAAAGCCGCUGCAUUUCCAUUUCAACUUCAUUCACAAUUCGUGUUCAACACAAGAAACAUCAAAACUCAUUCAUUUAAACAAUGUGCCAACAACAGCAACAAGAAAAAUUCGUAGCACUUUGCAACAACGACAAACAAAAAAUGAAGUCUUCCUACAGUAUCAAGAAGGUCUUGAAGACGUUCUUCAAGAAGCAAAGUAAGCAACAGCAACAUCAUCAGCAGCAUCAACAACACUACCAUCAUCAUCAACAACAACAAAUUUGCCAGUGUGAUAUCUGUUCCAGCAAUUAUACCAAUUCCACCUCCUCAGCCGAUUCUUUUGAGAAUUUGGACAACUAUCGCAACUUGCAGGCCGAACAGCAGCAAUACUUCACCGAAUUGGAGGAUAAUGCCGCCAAUGAAAAACUGGCCGUUAUGUGUGAGGAGGACGCCGAUGACGAUGAUGAUUUGGAUAUCUAUGUUCCGGUACGUUUUGCCCGCACCGAGGCCGGUACCUUUUUCUGGACCACAAAUUUGCAACCGGUUACCAGCACCAUCAUGCCAUCUGUUGAUGAGGAUUUGGUACAACCUGCCUACUGCUACAGCAAUUAUCAGUAUCCAUUGAUGCAGUUCCAGGAUCGUUGGGCCCAGGCUUAAGUCUCCCCCUCGGGAGGUCUACUUAAACUCACGGAAAAGCUUUAUUUUUUUACCUCAUUGUGAUAAUCAGCGGCAGGCGAAAACAGCACAAAAACAAAAAAUGGUUCAAGUUUUAAUUACUUUUACAAUAGAUUUACAAUGUCUUCCUUUAGUCUUAAGUCCAGAGAUAAUGAUAUUAAAAAAAAGAAAG